CAUCAACAUCGCCUUGCACGAUGCCGGUCUACGAUGAGGAGACGCCCCUCCUCGGGGCGCCAAGGUCCUCGUCGCGCUCUUCACGAGAUGCCAGCAGAAAAUCCAACGACAUCCACCUCCAGUUCUGCCUCUUGGCUGGUGUUCCUCCAUCGAACCUGCCCAAAGAUGCCUUUCGACAAUCCUACGCCCGGCGGUCGCUCUAUGGCCGCGCAGUCCACAAGCGCAAUGCUCAGAAUCGGACAUACAUGUUCACGGCCGCGCUAUCCAACACGCUGCUGCUUUCGCAAGUCGUGUUGGGUGCAGCGUUGACGGCGCUCGGCGCGUCCGAAUCGUCGCACAUCCUCAUCACCAUAUUCGGUGCCAUGAACACCAUCAUUGCAGGCGUCGUAGCCUAUCUCAAAUCGCGAGGUCAGCCGAUGAGAGCACACAUGUUCCGAGAUGACCUCGAUCGCGUCGUGGACGAGAUUGAGAACUCGGAAGUCAUGUGGCUUGGCAUCCAGAGCGGCGUGCACGGGUACGACGAGGUUGCCAUCGACGAUUCCGUCAGCGUGCGCAGUGAGGUGGCUCGCUUGACGAGACUGUACGAUAAGGUUGUGCGGAACAACACUAUGAACGAUCCCGACAUGUAUAUGAACGCGACCACCGACGCAUCCAACGCAGCUCUUCGUGCACGUCCAGGCCAGCUCCCAGCUUCCCCAGUCAUACAUGCGCCUGCUGCCGCUCCAGCUCCUGGUACUGUAGACUCGUCGUCCCCAAUGGGAGCUGUCGUGCCGCCUAUCGCAACACCUGAUGAUCCUGAUGCCGCUCCUGCUUCCGCGCCGCCCAAAUCGAAGACACCACCGCCCAUCGAUGAUUCUUCUAAGCCAAAGCCUGAAGCUGGACCCAGCGAUAAGGAACCGGAGACUAAGGAUAGUACAAAGCCUGGUAUCUCCUCCGAUUCUGCUCCUACUAUUGCCAUUCCCGAGUCACAGGCCGCAACACCCCAUAGUGACCCUAUCGAAGCCAAUUUGAUACCUUCUGAGUAAGCGUCGAAGUCAGCAGACAAUUUAAAGUUGAUUCAGACGUUGAAUUUGCUAUUUCGCAGCCUAGUUGCUGGAGUCGCGCACUGAAGUUAACGCCUCGUGUUUGAGAAUGUUUUCACCCACGACUCUAUGAGUUUAGGUCUAUGAUGCGAACAAGUUGCCCCUUUGGGCUACAGUUGAAGUCGAAACGCGAAUUUUUUACGUUCAUCUAACAAUUACAUUUCGUAGCUUAAUAUCUAAUCAACUUGUCAUCUCAAUACUCGC